CACAUUCUCUCACUCACUCACACUCUCUCUCACUCCUAGCUUCUUGUUUUUCCUUCUUGUCGCGUCCGCCCGGUGACUCGAGCGAGCGAGUGAGUUCUCGAUCAUUGUUGGUAGAACUCACUCUUCGACGUCAUGACCCCCCUGUGCAAGAGUUUCGAGUUGACAAGCUGACUGAUUGGUUUAUGCAGAUAUGUUUGAUUCAAACAGUAUAUCAAAUUUUGAACUUCUUGAGGGGUGGAAAGCUGGAUUGAAGUUGAUCACACCAUGUUUCUGGGAUGAACUCAGCAUAUUAGUCCAAUUCGGGAUUCUUGGAAGUGCUCUAAUCUGUUUCAUACAGAAAAAAUGUGGACAUCGAUCAGGAUUUGUAGAGGAAGUAGCAGAAAAGUUACCCAGAAGCAUAAGACUUGGUUUUGUCUACAGCGCCACUGUAGGUUGUUCUGUUUUACUAACAGGAGUCCACUUACUGAUGCUUUUGAGACUGGUAAACGGGCACGAAGCCCUUUGCAAAUCAAAAAUCUUAGUUUUCUGUCAAGAAAUCUUGCAAGUAAUAUCAUGGUUAAUCACAUUGCUUAUGGUUAUCAACCUUCGCCAGUCGAGGUCUUUGAAGCUGCCAGGGAUGUUAAGGGUCUGGUGGAUUUCGAGCUUCUUAUUAUCCGUUAUCCAUACAAUACUCGAUACUCGUUACAUUCUUAUAAAUCAUAAAUCUCCUGGAGUAGGCGAGUAUGCCAACUUCCUUGGGUUAAUUGCCUUGACGUACUUGCUAGGUAUUACAGUCAGAGGGACAACAGGCAUCAGCUUCAUAACAAAUAGCAACACAGAGCCUCUGCUGUGCAAUACUGAAAAACAUUCAGAAGGAAAACGAGAAAAAGAAUCUCCUUACUCAAAGGCUACUAUUCUCCAACUGAUUACUUUCUCUUGGCUCACUCCUCUAUUCAAAGUUGGAUACAGGAAAGCACUUGAACAGGAUGAUAUCCCAGACAUUGAUAUCAAAGACUCUGCAGAAUUGCUCUCUCAUUCGUUUGGCGACUGUUUAAGACAAGUCAAGGAGAGAGAUAGCACCAGAAACCCAUCCAUCUAUAUGGCAAUCUUUCUUUUGAUCAGGAAAAAAGCAGCACUCAACGCCAUUUUUGCUGUGGUCAAUGCCGGAGCAUCAUAUGUUGGCCCGUACCUGAUAAACGACUUUGUGGCGUUCUUAAGUCAGAAGAAGAACUACAGCUUAAAGACGGGCUACAUAAUAGCAGUAGCAUUCUUAAGUGCUAAAAUGGUUGAAGUGAUUGCACAGAGGCAAUGGAUUUUUGGGGCGCGCCAAUUAGGUAUGCGUCUGAGAGCAGCUUUGAUAUCCCACAUAUAUAGGAAGGGUCUUCAUCUGUCCAGUCAGUCCAGACAAAGCCACAGCAGUGGGGAGAUAAUUAACCUCAUGAGUGUUGAUAUUCAACGAAUUACAGACUUCAUCUGGUACAUGAAUACAGUGUGGAUGCUGCCAAUACAAAUUUCGCUAGCAACCUACGUCCUAUAUAUUAAUGUAGGCCUUGGUUCAUUUGCUGGCUUAGCAGCAACCUUACUAGUGAUGGCUUGCAACAUACCUCUUACAAGAAUUCAGAAAUCCUUCCAGUCAAAGAUCAUGGAAGCCAAGGACGAGCGAAUGAAGGCUACAUCAGAAGUUCUUCGAAACAUGAAAACCCUGAAACUUCAAGCUUGGGAUAUGAAAUACCUCCUAAAGCUUGAAAAUUUGAGGAAAAUUGAAUAUGGAUGGAUAUGGAAAUCGUUACGCUUAUCAGCACUCUCGGCUUUUAUCUUCUGGGGAUCCCCCACAUUAAUAUCUGCAGCGACUUUUGGAGCAUGUAUUGUACUAGGGAUCCCACUAACAGCAGGGAAAGUCUUAUCUGCACUGGCAACAUUCAGAAUGUUACAAGAUCCGAUAUUUAGUUUACCAGACUUGCUAUCAUGUAUUGCACAAUCUAAAGUUUCAGUUGAUAGGGUUGCAUCAUACCUCCAAGAAGAUGAAAUACAGGAAGAUGCAGUCAUUUUUGUUCCAAAAGAGACAUCGGAGGUCUGCAUCGAGAUUGAGAAAGGCAGAUUUAGUUGGGACCCUGAAUCAAGUAUUCCGACCCUUGAUGGAAUACAGUUAAAAGUGAAGAGAGGGAUGAAAGUUGCAGUUUCUGGGACUGUCGGGUCAGGGAAGUCUAGUUUACUCUCGUGCAUAAUUGGAGAAAUACCAAAGAUUUUAGGGACAGUGAGAGUUAGUGGGACAAAGGCAUAUGUUCCUCAGUCCCCCUGGAUAUUAACUGGAAAUGUAAGAGAUAACAUUCUCUUUGGGAAUCCAUAUGAUCAAGUCAAAUAUGAUAGAACAAUAAGAGCAUGUGCAUUGACAAAGGAUUUUGAGCUCUUCCAAGCUGGAGACCUGACAGAGAUAGGAGAGCGAGGGAUUAAUAUGAGUGGAGGUCAGAAACAAAGGAUACAACUUGCACGAGCUGCUUACCAGGAUGCUGACAUUUAUAUUCUCGAUGACCCAUUCAGUGCGGUUGAUGCUCAUACAGGAAGUCAACUUUUUGAGGAAUGUCUGAUGGGAAUCCUCAAAGACAAGACUAUACUUUAUGUGACACACCAAGUAGAGUUUCUCCCAGCGGCUGAUAUAAUUCUGAUGAUGCAGGAAGGAAAUAUCAUUCAAGCUGGAAGAUUUGACGAACUUCUCAAACAGAAUAUUGGAUUUGAGUUGUUGGUUGGUGCACAUAGCGAAGCUCUACAAUCAAUCUUUGAUGUCGAAAAUUCGAGCAGAACGUCUGAAAAGGAAAUGUCUUCAGUUGAAACAGACAUAGAUAGUACGACACAUCAUCAUCUGGUUGGUAAACAUGAUUCAGAACAGGAUCUCGCUCUAGAGAUAAUAGAUAAAGGAGGGAGAUUGACACAAGAGGAAGAGAGAGAAACAGGAAGUAUUGACAAAGAAGUUUAUUGGUCAUACUUGACCCUGGUAUGGGGUGGUGCAUUGAUCCCAUUGAUAAUCUUAUCUCAAACUAGUUUCCAAGUAUUACAGAUAGCGAGCAACUACUGGAUGGCAUGGGCUUCUCCCGUCUCUACAGAUUCCAAGCCAGUAGUAGACAUGAAAUUCAUGUUCCUUGUGUAUAUAGUCCUAUCCGUAGGAGGUGCAUUUUGUGUAUUGGCCCGAGCAUAUUUGGUAGCUAUAGACGGCAUUCUAACGUCACAAAAACUCUUCGCCAACAUGCUUCAUAGUGUGCUCAAGGCACCAAUGUCUUUCUUUGAUUCAACACCAACUGGAAGAAUCUUAAAUCGAGCAUCUACGGAUCAAAGUGUGCUGGAUUUGGAAUUACCCAUGAGGGUAGGCUGGUGUGCUUUCUCAAUCAUUCAAAUUCUGGGAACUAUUGCAGUUAUGUCACAGGUUGCAUGGCAAGUAUUUGUCAUCUUCAUCCCAGUGACGGGAAUAUGCAUAUGGUACCAGCAAUAUUAUACACCUACUGCAAGAGAACUGGCACGCUUAUCUGGGAUUCAAAGAGCUCCAUACCUCCAUCACUUUGCAGAAUCACUUGCAGGAGCUGCAACAAUCAGGGCAUACGACCAAGAAGACCGCUUCAUGAAAACGAACCUAGGACUCGUUGAUAAUGAAUCAAGGCCAUGGUUUCACAAUGUAUCAGCCAUGGAAUGGCUUUCAUUCAGACUGAACAUAUUGUCAAAUCUUGUGUUUGCAUCCUCAUUAGUUGUCCUCGUGAGCCUACCUGAAGGAGUUAUCAAUCCAAGUAUUGCAGGGCUAGCAGUGACAUAUGGUCUCAAUUUGAACAUACUUCAAGCAUCUGUUAUAUGGAACUUGUGCAAUGCAGAGAAUAAAAUGAUUUCAGUAGAAAGGAUAUUGCAAUAUUCAAAACUAAGUAGUGAAGCCCCUUUAGUGAUUGAAGAAUGCAGACCACCAAGCAACUGGCCCGAGUUCGGAAGGAUUUGCUUCAAAAACUUUCACAUUCGCUAUGCCGAACAUCUUCCAUCUGUCUUAAAAAACAUAAACUGCACGAUUCCUGGAAGAAAGAAAGUUGGAGUUGUAGGAAGAACAGGGAGCGGGAAAUCGACUCUUAUACAGGCUCUCUUUCGGACAGUGGAACCCAAAGAAGGAAGCAUUCUAAUUGAUGAUAUUGAUAUUUGCCAGAUAGGUCUACAUGAUUUGAGAUCGAAACUUAGCAUCAUUCCUCAAGACCCGACAUUGUUUGAAGGAACUGUUAGAGGAAACCUCGAUCCGCUAGAGCAAUUCUCCGACAGUGAAAUAUGGGAGGCUUUGGAUAAAUGUCAACUAGGUGAUAUAGUACGUGCAAAGGAAGAAAAGUUAGGCUCACCAGUGGUUGAGAAUGGAGAAAACUGGAGUGUGGGUCAAAGACAGUUAUUCUGUCUUGGAAGGGCUUUGUUAAAGAGAAGUAGCGUGCUCGUUCUUGAUGAAGCUACUGCAUCUGUUGAUACAGCUACGGACAGAGUUGUACAGAAGAUCAUUACUCGGGAGUUUGAAAAUUGUACAGUUGUCACUAUAGCUCACAGAAUUCAUACGGUCAUAGAUAGCGAUCUUGUUCUUGUCCUUAGUGAAGGAAGGGUAGUGGAAUACGACACACCAGCUAAGUUACUCGAACAAGAGGGUUCCUUCUUCUCAAAACUCAUAAAGGAGUACUCUAUGAGAUCAAAAAGUUUCAACAAUUUAGCAAAUGCAUAAAAUGGGGAGCUGACCCGUUUACAGCUAAAUCUCUAAAUCUUGAAAUUUCAAGAGAUGGAAAAGCCGACAAGCAAUGAAAUCGUACCCAGAGACUGAGAAUGUUCACCUGUCAUCCUUCACCAGCCUAACAUAGUACCACAUCAUAAAUAAACAAAGAAGUGUUAUAUUUUUGAGGUGCUCCUAUUAUACCCAUAAGCAAGAACUGGAAAAAUGAAAACUCAUUCUAAAUAAGUUAACCUGUUUGCACCAAAACUAUUACUAUGUAUUAUUAUGUAAUGUAACAAUUGGUAGGAAAUGAAGAGAAUCUAAAUGGUUUGUAAUGUAACAAUUGGUAGGAAAUGAAGAGAAUCUUAAUGGUUCAGAUA